UGAAAAUGCAGAAGACCUGUCUGACCAAACAAAGAAUGAAUCGUCCAUUCGAAUUUACAAAAAAUUCACAAUCUCAACCUUUAAAGCGGUGCUAGAGGGUAAAUUUACACAAGAAGAUGGUUUGAAUUGCGCUUGCUCCUUUACAUGGAAACGCUUUCCCUUCAUAUUCUGGUCAGAAUUCGAAAAACAUCUUAAGAUAGUAAAGGAGAAAACCUUGACAACAAUGUUACACUCUGAAUUUCUCAUGCGUGUGUUUAGAAAUAAAGCCUUCAAAACCUUGUUAUGUAAAGAAGCUAGACAAAACACAGAUAAAGCACACCAAAUCGCAAAAACUAUCGCCAAAGAUUAUGUAUAUAAUAAACCCAAGAGAUCUAGUAAAGCCGUUCCUCAUUGCAAACAUCUUUACCAAAAUUUUGCACGCAAAUUUACAAAUCCUUUACGAACGGCUAACUUCAUUGAACUUUUAAGACAUUGGCUGGAUAUAAAUGAAUUCAUUGAUAACUUGUAUGAUCCAGAUUUCAUGAGACGCAUGAGCGCCAAUGACAUUAUUGUAUUGCAUAUAUUAGCAGGAGACCAUAUGCCAUUCCUCUACGAAUAG